AUGCCUCAAGAAUCUUCUUUUCGAAGAUUAAAAGGAUAUCAUACCACUAGAACCUCAGCUCAACACAGCGUGUCAUCUCUUGGUAUUGAUCUAAAAAAAGAUACACUUUCCAUUUUGCAAGAUCUCUUAACUGGCAUUUAUAAUGACUUCAUGGUCAUCUAUCAACCUUACAAUCGAUCUGAUCCUACAAAUGAUGUAUCUACACAACAGAGAAUUGCUGCCAGACUUAAUGUCCUCGUACUUAUAUCCAAAAGAGUGUUUCAGGUGUUGUCUGCUAAUUCGUCAUUAAGAAUUCCACUCUUACAGGCAGUAUAUCAUAUUUUGCGUCUUCCUCUUUGGCAUUACAAUCGAUCAUUGCGAUGUUCAGCUCUACGUUGUCUACGUUAUUAUGUACACAGUGCUCAGGAUAUGGUGCUUCUUUUGAAAUGUCGUCUAGAUCUGUUAAUCUCUCGGUGUAUGGAUUUGUCUUAUUAUCAGAAUAAUGUAGUUCCAUCAAAUAAAUUAAUUGGAAAUUCCGCUUUAAGAGGAGUUGACUAUCAUCAUCAGCCUCAUCACCACCGAGCUAGAUUUGUGAUUCCGUAUGACAGUCCUACCACAGUUUCUUCACAUUGUCAACCUAGUGAACAAUCAUCUUGUUAUCGAGGAAAUGAAGGCAUAGAUCAAAUAAAUGAAUUGUCAAGAAAAGGAGUCGGUGUUACUCGUUUCCGUCGUUCUUCACCUGCUAAGGAUUAUUCUGGCAUCUCGAUAAAAUCCUCUCUGACAACUCGAAACAAUAUUGAAUCAUCUUAUAUGCCUGGUGCUACUAGUGAGCGUCCAGCUGUCCUACGUUUAAUCUACCAUCUUGUCAACCUUUCACCUCAUUUAAUUCCACCGAGUUUAAUUCACGCUAUCGCUGCACCUUGUCUAGAUGCUUUGAAUUACACAAUAAUGAGUCCAGAUGAUAAACGUGGUUUUAGAGGAGGAGGUGGUGCGGGUAGGGGUCAUGCAUGUGUUGUAACAGGUGGACUCCGACGUCGUACCUCUCCCACCGCCAUCAUUCAAUAUCCACUUUGUCCUGGUGGUGAUAUGGCAGGAAUUGGAAUGAAGUUAAACGAUACUAACUAUGAUACAGAAGUGGAUACGACAACCAUUCGUAGUUGUUUAUUAAUUCUGUCUGAAUUGGUGAUUUUAGCUCCAGAACGUUUGACAGUUGACACCAGCUCAUCGUUUGUCCGUCAUUCAAAGAUCAAGUCGCCUGCGUAUUGCUUCCAUCAAGAAAAUGAUUCUACUGCACCUGGUAAUAAUAGUAAUAAUGCAACAAAAGAACCCCUUUCAGUUGUUGGUAGAACUAUUAUUCAUGCGUUAAUGUCAACCUUCGCGUAUACAAGCACCAUGUACACGUAUCAUUCUUCACGUAUUCACGAGGCUGUAAUGCUUACUCUGAUUACAAUCCUGAAUCGUUCAGAUUAUGCUCAAUUUCUACCCAAUAGGGUUAUAUCCAAAUUUUUUGUUGCCUAUACAUCCACAUCGCAUUCAUUGUUACAUCGAAAAUCCUCGUUUGACACUUAUCCGUCAUUUACGCUCUGUGCUAGAAAUGCGCUUAUCUUGAUGUUUCGUUCAUGGCCAGGCAUUUUCCAUUUUACACGUGAUGGCGUAUCAAAUUUGAAGACACUAUUAUAUACUUUGGCUGUAGGCAGUACAGAAAACAGAAAUCAAAUCCUGGAUUUACUGUAUAGUUUAUUUCCAACAAUUCCUGUACCUCAUCCAUCUGUCAAAGACAUGGAACCGACUAUUUUGGGUCUGAUCGAAGCUUUGUCUACUGGAUCAUCGUCUCUACUACCUGUGAUAUAUGCGCCAAAUUCGAGUUCACGGAAGAAAACGAACAUUUUCACCACUCCUACUGAUGAAAUGUCAUCCCUGCCGAAAUCACGACGUUUUGUAUCUUCGAUCUUGCCUGUAAGGCGGCCAUCAUCAUCAUCGUCAUCGAAUAUUUGGGAUAUUGACGGCGGUUUUAUCGCUGCUGAAGGUUGUCGUCUAUUUUCUAAGUAUGAUUCAGUUGGAUUCGAUGUCAUGAACAAUUAUUAUGCUCUUUUGUUGGCUAUAUUGAUUCAAGCGGGGCUAUAUGAAGCUCUCAUGCGUGCAAUAUCCGAUUCGAAUCAAGUGACGUCUAUUCGUGCUGGUUAUCUUCUUGGCUCAUUGGCUUACAAAGUGGAAAGUUUGUUGCCCCAUGAACAUCCGGUAUGUAAGCGUCUCCACCAAGUUGGCCUUUUACGUCCUGAAACACCGGGAAGUCAGCUAGCUGUAUUGUGGUUAGAGCGUAUACAUCGUGUGAUGCAGUCACACGAAGCUCGUCUUCGUGACCCCUCUAAUUUCAUCAGUGUACCUUAUCAUUCACCAUUUCUGGAGUGUUUAGCCAAGCGAUCAGUUGACGCCUCCUCCUCUUCAUCUCGUCAUUCAGCGUUCACAGACCAUAUGGAACUUACGGAGGCCACUCUGGACCACUUGAUUGCCUCAUCGAACGUGUUGUCAUUCAAAGCCAAAUCUCAACACGGUCGGUUUAGUCAAUGUCAAAUGACGACCACCUGUUGUAGUAGUAAACCCCCAGAUGUUUGGGAUUGGGAUAUUUUAACCACAUUAGGUCGUCGAUUAGCUGUAACACGGACAACGUUUUCUUGGGAGUCGAAGUCACGCUCUAAAUUUUUAAGAUGUCUUAUGGAGUUUUUAACACCAGAUGAAACAUACAGAAGAGAUUUGACCUGCUCCUCGGAGAAAUAUGCUCCAGCAUUGCCUACAAUCGGACGUUCCUUAUCAGCGAUUCCCAAUAAGGCGACCAUCCUCCCUGCUGAUAGUCUAUUCAGUGUUGUCAUCAAUGGUAAUCGUAGUUGUCUCCAACAAAACCUAGACUACUGUACAAAUCUUCAAGGGAUUGACCGCUUGCUGUACAAUCGAGAGAAUAAAUUAUUUAAUAAUAAUGAUAAUAAUAUUUGUAAAGAAAGCAAUCCUAAAGAUGACAAUUUUAACCGUUUAAAUCCUCAUUUAAUCAAUUCAUCAAAUGCUAAUUUGAAUUUAGCUUGGCUUUCGCAUGAUUGGCCACAUGCAUCCGCCGCCGGAAUUCUCGCCUCUGGGCUAAUAUCACACUUAGCGUAUUAUUCUCCGACAAGUGAACCAUCGCAGUUUUUGGAUCGUUUCCUCACUGUCCUUCAUCUGUGUUUGAAAUAUACUCUGAGUAAAAUUACCACCGAUUCUUCGAUCAAUGGGGAGAAUUUACCGGAGGAGAAAUCCAGCUCUGACAACUCCACACUGAAUAAUAAUAAUAUUGAUAAUACCAAUGAUAAUGCCAAUUUAAUUCUACUCUUCACUCCAAAGUUGCUGAAUAAAAGUUGCUCCAGCCUUAUUUUAUUAGCUGCAUCCCAGCUGACUACAUCAGAUGUCGGUGAAUCGCGUCUAGAGAAGAGUGAUCUAUGCAUCGAUUUUCAAAGUAUCUUAAUGUUUCCAAGCAAGUUGAAAAGACAUGGGACGUCUGUGACAACAGACAGUCAAAAGUACUUUUUAUGCCAUGCUAAAGUUAUUCUCUCUAGUCUGGAUUAUUCUCGUCCCAGCAAAAUGAGUCGUAUGCUGCUGACAACUGCAGCUAUUCAGGGGAUUAGGGCUUUACGAAUAUACACGAUUCGAUUGAUUCGGCUGUUGUUUCGUCUGAAACUACCAUUUCUAGCCAGUUGGUGCAUAGAUUUGGUUGUAAAGUUAUGUAUGGAUCCUUCAAAGAAAGUACGUCGUCUUGCAUUGUGUUUAUUAGAAGAAUUAUGUUGGGAUCCAGCGAAUGUACAAGCUUUGUCACAGAAUAUUCUACAAAGAAAUAGUCAAAUGAAAGACAAACGAAGCAGUAUUUUGACAUGCUUUGCUGCCUAUCUGCUGAAUACAAGCACUGGUCCAAUUGGGCAUAGAAUAUUUUCUAGAGUCCUGUCUAUUACAAAUGUAUUUGAUCAAUUGUAUAUGCAUAAGAUAAUCAAACAGCCAAAUUCAUUGGUUGGUUAUUUUUAUGAUGCACGUGAAAGGAAUAAUAAUAAUAGUAAAAUGAAGAAGAAUUGUCGUGUUCCUUCAGACAAUCCACACGAUGAUUUCAUCGACACAUCACCCGAUAAUGAUAAAUUAUCUAGUGUUAUCAAUUUUACUCCACGUCCUCCUGGUGAUGAGAAUGAUGAUGGUCAUGAUGCUGAAGCGAACGAUACCAAUGGGGAAAAUGGUCAGGCAAGUAUUCUAUGCGAUCCGAUCAACUGGAUCCUAGAUAUUGCGAAAAAGUAUUAUAAUGAAGCCUAUGCCAAAGAUAUGGAUACCCGCCUGACAUCGAUGUUUGUUACCUAUGAAACACGAAAAUCGACGAAUGCCUCCUACGGUAAUGAUGAAUCAGAUUCAAAAAACUCACUGUUGCCAGUCAUCAGUAUCAUAGGAUUGGAGAAAUCGUCCUAUGUGAAUUUUACAACAGACAAUGAUGAGAAUGAUCGUGAUCGUGAUCAUGAUGAUGAUGAUGAUGAUCUUGAAGACGGUGUUGAUCAUCCAAGUAAUACAGAGUUCACUUUUGAAGAUAAUUACUUCAUUGAAGGAGCUGAUAAUAAUGUUGAUGAUGAUGAUGGACGUGGCACUUAUUAUUUACCGCCUCCAUUAUCGACUGCUAGAUCGGUUUCUUGUCAUCAACUAUCGAAUGGUUGCGAUAGCUAUCAUUGUCUAGCCCUUUUAAAACAUCCCUAUGGAUGCUUAGCUGAACAUCGCCAUGGAAUUGAUUUAUUGGAUAAGAGAAUGGAUUUGGAGCUUGCUGUUGCAAAUAUACGUUCAUAUGAAUCUCGAUUAUCCAGCAGAAGUACUACUACUAUGAUGGAUGAAAAUUUUGAAAAGUCUUCUAUCAAUGAUACAAAUACACUACUUAAACUGAAAGCUGAUAUGUGGGCCUUAGCACACGCUUGUUCAACGUCUUUUGGACAGUUAUGGUUAUCUAAACAUCCAGAGCUGGUGAAACUAUUCACUAAUCUUACUCUUCACUCGAAUACAAUGAGUGUUAGAGCAAUUGCAUGGAUUUGUUUAAAUUUAAUUACUUCCUGUCCUAAUGGAUAUUUUCGAAGGUGCAAAGGUUCUUCAAUUUCUGCAAAAACUCAACAGGCAUGCAGUGAACCUUUAGAUUGUGAUGAGUUGACAAAUGAUUGGCCAUUCAUCCCAUAUAUUGAUAACAAUAAUAAUAAUAAUAAUAAUAAUAAUAAUGUGGGUAGUAAUAGUAACAAGAAUAAUGAGAAUGAGAAUGUUAACUCCAACAACCUGGAGUUUCACACAACCCUCCAGUCGAGUACACAACUUGAUGCAGUGAAGUUUGACCAAGAUGCGUUUCAGUCUAACAACGGACUACUUUCUGAUGUAUACGAUGUCGUUGGUCCAUCAGUUCAUUACGAAACUGAGCACAAAACAGAUAAACACGUUGUUGUUGACCGAAAAUCUUCGAAACCGUCCAUUCGAAGUCAAGUAAUUGAAAAUUUCAAUCGUUCACGACGUCGCUGGUGGUUUCAUCGUCAUUGUUCACCUAAUCAUAGACGUUUUUCUCCGCCGGCCUGUGAAUCAUCGUCUUGUUUUUCAAGUAAUCCACAGCAGCAACAACAUCACAUAUCAUGCAAUAGGUCGAAUCAUUCAUCGUUAACCUCAUCAUCACAAUUUCCUGCAUUCACUUGUGAAAUACCACCACAUGGAAACAGCAGUUUGUUAUCUUCCAGCCAACAGCCUUAUUUAACAUGGACACAUCGAAAUUGUAUACAACACCGACAAACUGUCCUAACUGCACCACUGCCGUCAAGUCGAUUAUCUCCUGUCUGUGAUCGUGAUACGAUGAACAAUGACAAUAACAACAAGUCGAUCAUCGAUCAUUCAUGGACUUCAUCAGCUGAUGUAUACCUUACAAAUAAACGUCAAUUGAUUUGUCUUCCGAAAGAUAUACAUAUUCUUGGAAACAAGAAGUCCACUACAGUGGAAAACACCGAUCAGUUCAUUCAGCAAUCACCAAUGUUUGCUAAUCAAUCAUUCACUUGUAGACAAUUCGAUCAUCUACGCUGUUCAAUGGCACUAUCGAAUGCACAGAAAUCUUCCUCUAAACCUUCCAGAUCUUUCAUUGAUGUUGCUGUUGAUGCUCAAAUGUUAUUGUCUGCAUAUAGCCAGCGGAAAUGCUCCUCUACUUUAUCGUCUAUACCAGCGGAUGAAAUAUCAGUGGAUACAUCGAAUCCAGACGGUGUGAUCAAUAGUGGUACUUCAGAUAACGAGAAUCAACUGUACUCCUCUGAUAGUAUCCAAGUUACUGGUACUUCAAAUUAUUCAUCGUCUCAUGAUGAUGAAACUAGUCGAAAGGUUUCUCUUAAAUCGGAUGAAUUGAUGAAACAGAUUUCAGUACCACCUUUAUCUUCGUCCAAUUCCUUGCCACCGUCCGAGAGCUGUUUGCUUCAUAAAGACGCCGAAUCAAGGCCUCCUCCUCCUACUGAGGGAAAAUUGGAUGUGAUCAGUAAUUGGCUCAUUUCCUCUGAUGAUGUGAAUAAGACAAAUUUAGCUACUAGUGAAAAUAUCAAACUGUCAUCUCAUAAUAACACUCCAACUGAGACGUUAAUGUAUCCUAACACUCCACUGGAUCCUUCGCCAAUUCUGAACACUGCGAAUGAUACUGAUAGUGAGGACGAUAAGGCUAAUAAUAAAGCAGCAAGUGGUGGUAAAUCAUCCUGUCACCGCCAAUCAAGUGGUUUCAGUCCUGAUGGUUGUCUUUCCCUCUCCUGCUUGGCAUCUCUCAAUGUUGAUAACGACUGUCAAUGUGAUGAAGCAGUCCUAACAGAACAAGACAUCUGGUAUAAUCAGUUAGUAGAUUCGAUAUGCAGUUUAAUGCCGAGUGUAUUUUCAUCAUCUCGUGGGGAUACUGGAUUAGAUCAUCUGAUAAAAAAGGCUGUAAAGGUUCAACAGACUUCAAAAGGCGCCAUUCAACUUUUCAAUGCUUGUACAUAUACACUUAUCGCUGAUCUCCUCGGUGCGUAUACUUUUUCACGACAAGCUCGUACCAAGAUUCAGUCUGUCUUCCUUUGCUUCCAACUUGAUGAGCUACUGGUGGAUGCAAAUAAUUCUUUAACUGAAUUGGAGAAAUAUUUAACGUCAUCAAAUCGGUGA